ACUUGAAGAGGAGGGGAGAGGGAGAAGGGAAGGAGGGGGCCGCCGGAGCAGCGGUGGGUGCAGCGGCCGCGGCUGGAACAGCGGCGGGAACAGCGGCGGCAGCCUCCGCAGCAGCGGCGGUGGCGGCGGCUCCCGUGGGUGAAGGCAGCGGGGUGGUGGUGGUGGUUGUUUUUUUCGGGUUGCGUUGCGGCUGGGCACGGGUGUCAGCGCCCGCCCCGUGCCUGGCUCGCCCGGGCUGCCCCCAGCCUGACACCUCUCCCCUGCCGCCUUAGCCUCCCGGUUGUUUUGGUGCUGCUUUGCAAAGCCUGGCCAGGUUCAUGCUUUGGAGGCAGUCCCAGCCCCAGAGCAGCCUCAGCAGCUGCAGCCGCCGCUCGGUGCGCUGGGCGGGCUGCGCAGCCCUUGCUGAUGCUGUCGGAGGGAAGCUGAUCGGGAGUCGGUCGGCUGGGACCUGCGGACUUAGGCGGCUGGGGAGGAAGGAGAAGCCACUUGCAGCGCCCCGAGCCCCGGCGAGCCGGAGAAGGGAGGCGGCGCGAUGCGGCUGGGUAGGCUGCUGAAGUUCGCCCUGGGAUUUACAGUGCUUUUAUCUUCCUAUACGAGCGAAGGUGCUGAAGGGAAUUUGGAGGCUGAUAGCGUGAAGGAAACCAGAGCCAGCAGAGCCAAGAGGAGAGGACAAGGAGGAGGCGGAGGAGGGCACGAUGCGCUCAAAGGACCCAAUGUGUGUGGAUCACGUUACAAUGCCUACUGUUGCCCUGGAUGGAAAACGCUACCUGGUGGAAAUCAGUGCAUAGUCCCAAUUUGCAGACAUUCCUGUGGGGAUGGAUUUUGUUCAAGACCAAACAUGUGCACAUGUCCAAAUGGCCAGAUAGCACCUUCCUGUGGUUCAAAGUCAAUACAACACUGCAACAUCAGGUGUAUGAAUGGAGGUAGCUGCAGUGAUGACCAUUGUCUCUGCCAGAAAGGAUAUACAGGAACACAUUGUGGACAGCCUGUCUGUGAAAAUGGGUGCCUUAAUGGAGGGAGAUGUGUGGCUCCAAACCGAUGUGCUUGUACAUAUGGCUUCACUGGACCUCAGUGUGAAAGAGAUUAUAGGACUGGCCCAUGCUUCACACUGGUAACCAAUCAGAUGUGCCAGGGACAGCUCACUGGAAUAGUCUGUACAAAAACCCUUUGCUGUGCAACAGUUGGGAGAGCAUGGGGCCACCCCUGUGAAAUGUGUCCAGCUCAGCCUCAUCCCUGCCGCCGGGGUUUCAUUCCAAAUAUUCGCACAGGAGCCUGUCAAGAUGUGGAUGAAUGCCAAGCCAUCCCUGGGAUCUGUCAAGGGGGAAAUUGUAUUAAUACUGUUGGAUCUUUUGAGUGCAAAUGCCCAGCUGGACACAAGUUUAAUGAAGUGACACAAAAAUGCGAAGAUAUUGAUGAAUGCAGCACUAUUCCUGGAAUCUGUGAUGGAGGAGAGUGUUCUAACACUGUUAGCAGCUACUUUUGCAAAUGUCCACCUGGUUUUUAUACAGCUCCUGAUGGCACAAGAUGUAUAGAUGUACGUCCUGGAUACUGUUUUUCUUCUCUGACCAAUGGCCGUUGUGGCAAUCAGCUACCCCAGGUUUUAACUAAAAUGCAAUGCUGCUGUGACACCGGACGAUGCUGGUCUCCUGGGGCAACAAGUGCCCCUGAAAUGUGCCCCAUCCGAGCUACUGAGGAGUAUCGCAAGUUAUGUGUGGUAGCUGGUCUAACGCCUGGGAGACCUGAUCUUCCUCCAGGCCUUCCUGAUGUUUAUCCUCCUCUGAUUCCUGUGAUACCACAGCGGCCAGACAUUGUUUUUCCACCUCCAUCACGCGGUCCACCUCCACAUGUGGUUUUGCCAGUUAAUUUCACUGACUAUUGCCAGCUAUUCAGACAUCUCUGUCUUAAUGGGCGCUGUAUUCCAACUCCUGGGAGCUACCGCUGUGAGUGCAACAAAGGAUUCCAACUGGAUGUCAGAGGGGAAUGCAUUGAUGUUGAUGAAUGUGAGAAGAAUCCUUGUAUUAGUGGAGACUGUAUAAAUACCCAAGGAUCCUACAUAUGCCAGUGUCGUGCUGGAUAUCAGAGCACACUAACUAGGACAGAGUGUCGAGAUAUUGAUGAAUGUUUACAGAAUGGCCGGAUCUGUAAUAAUGGACGGUGCAUAAACACAGAUGGCAGUUUUCACUGUGUUUGCAAUGCUGGCUUUCAUGUGGCAGUCGAUGGAAAAAACUGUGAAGAUAUGGAUGAAUGUAGCAUAAGGAACAUGUGCCUUAAUGGGAUGUGUAUCAAUGAAGACGGCAGCUUUAAGUGCAUUUGUAAACCUGGUUUCCAGUUAGCAUCUGAUGGACGUUAUUGCAAUGACAUCGAUGAGUGUGAGACAGCUGGAAUAUGCAUGAACGGGCGCUGUGUGAACACUGAUGGCUCUUUCAGAUGUGACUGCUUCCCAGGUCUUGUAGUUGGACUAGAUGGACGUGUGUGCGUUGAUACGCACAUGCGAAGCACAUGCUAUGGUGGAUACAAGAGAGGUCAAUGUGUUAAACCAUUAUUUGGCGCUGUUACUAAAUCGGAAUGUUGUUGUGCCAGCACUGACUAUGCCUUUGGAGAACCUUGUCAGCCAUGUCCUGCUCAAAAUUCAGCUGAGUACCAGGCUCUGUGCAGCAGUGGACCAGGCCUGGAUUUAGAAGGAAGAGAUAUUAACGAAUGUGCACUGAAUCCUGAUAUCUGCCCAAAUGGAAUCUGUGAGAAUCUGCGUGGAACAUAUAAAUGCAUAUGUAAUUCUGGGUAUGAAGUGGAUGCAAGCGGGAAAAACUGCAUUGACAUUGAUGAAUGUGCAUUGAACACGCUGCUGUGUGACAAUGGACAAUGCAGAAAUACCCCUGGAAGCUUCACCUGUACCUGUCCCAAAGGAUUUAUAUACAAGCCUGAUCUAAAAACAUGUGAAGAUAUUAAUGAGUGUGAGUCUAAUCCCUGUGUUAAUGGAAUAUGCAAAAAUACACUUGGCUCUUUUGCUUGUGAAUGUAGCCCUGAAAGUACUUUGGAUACAACAAGAACCAUCUGCAUAGAAACUAUUAAAGGCACUUGUUGGCAGACUAUUGUGAAUGGAAGAUGUGAAAUAAAUAUUAAUGGGGCAACUCUAAAGUCCCAGUGCUGUUCUUCGCUAGGUGCUGCGUGGGGUAGCCCAUGUACACCCUGUGAACGAGACCCAAUCUGUUCAAAAGGAUAUUCAAGAAUAAGGGGAACAUUAUGUGAAGAUGUAAAUGAAUGCGAAGUGUUUCCUGGGGUGUGUCCGAACGGUCAGUGCGUCAAUACCUUGGGUUCCUUUGUUUGCCAGUGUCCUAGUGGAAUGAUUUUAGAUGUCUCUGGACGGACAUGCCUUGACAUUCGCUUGGAGACUUGCUACUUGAAGCAUGAAGAUGAAGAAUGUACAUUACCGAUAGCAGGCCGGCACCGAAUGGAUAGUUGCUGCUGUUCUGUUGGUGCAGCAUGGGGCCCUGAAUGCGAGGAAUGUCCUGUGAAGGCAACUCCUGAAUUUGAAGCUCUUUGUCCAAGAGGACCUGGAUUUGCUAGUAGGGGAGAGAUUAUAAAUGGAAAGCCAUUCUUUAAAGAUAUCAACGAAUGCAAAAUGAUCCCAAGUCUUUGUACCCAUGGAAAAUGCAGAAACACCAUUGGCAGUUUCAAGUGUAAAUGUGACAGCGGAUUUGCACUUGAUUCUGAAGAAAGAAAUUGUACAGAUAUUGAUGAAUGCCGCAUAUCUCCUGAUCUCUGUGGUCAAGGCAUCUGUGUCAAUACCCCAGGGGACUUCGAAUGUAAAUGUUUUGAAGGCUAUGAAAGUGGAUUUAUGAUGAUGAAAAACUGCAUGGACAUUGAUGAGUGUCAGCGAAAUCCUCUUUUGUGCCGAGGUGGCAUUUGCAUAAACACAGAAGGAAGCUUUCAGUGCAACUGUCCUCCAGGUCAUCAACUGGCUCCAAAUAUCUCCGCAUGUAUAGACAUCAAUGAGUGUGACCUAAGCCACAACCUGUGCAGAAAUGGGCAUUGUGUCAACAUGAUUGGAAGGUAUCAGUGUGCCUGCAACCCUGGAUAUCAAUCCACUCCCGACAAAUUAUUUUGUAUUGAUAUUGAUGAAUGCAGCAUAAUGAAUGGAGGUUGUGACACCUUCUGUACAAACUCAGAGGGCAGCUACGAAUGUAGCUGUAAAUCAGGCUUUGCACUAAUGCCAGACCACAGAUCUUGCACUGAUAUUGAUGAGUGUGAAGACAAUCCUAACAUCUGUGAUGGAGGCCAGUGCACUAACAUACCAGGAGAAUACAGGUGUCUUUGUUAUGAUGGAUUCAUGGCCUCUGAGGAUAUGAAGACUUGUAUAGAUGUCAACGAGUGUGACCUGAAUCCAAACAUCUGUCUAAGUGGAAGCUGUGAGAAUACAAAAGGCUCAUUUAUCUGUCAUUGUGAUAUGGGAUAUUCAGGCAAAAAAGGAACCACUGGUUGUACAGAUAUCAAUGAGUGUGAAAUUGGAGCCCAUAACUGUGACAGACAUGCCAUAUGUACGAAUACGGCAGGGAGUUUCAAAUGUGAGUGCAGCUCAGGUUGGAUUGGAGAUGGCAUCAAAUGCACAGAUCUGGAUGAAUGCUCCAAUGGAACACACAUGUGCAGCCCACAUGCCAAUUGCAAGAACACAAUGGGCUCUUACCGUUGCCUUUGCAAGGACGGCUACACUGGGGAUGGCUUCACUUGUACAGACCUUGAUGAAUGCUCAGAAAACCUGAAUCUCUGUGAGAAUGGGCAAUGUCUCAAUGCUCCAGGAGGGUAUCGCUGUGAAUGUGAAAUGGGAUUUCUACCAAGUCCAGAUGAGAAAGCAUGUGAAGAUAUUGAUGAGUGCUCCCUUCCUAACAUCUGUGUCUAUGGGACUUGUCAUAACCUCCCCGGUCUAUUCCGAUGCGAGUGCGAGACAGGCUAUGAACUGGACAGAACCGGUGGUAACUGCACAGAUGUUAACGAAUGCGCAGACCCCACAACCUGUAUCAGUGGCACGUGUGUCAAUACCCCUGGUAGUUACACCUGUGAGUGCCCUCCUGAUUUUGAGCUGAACCCCACCCGUGUUGGCUGCGUUGACACACGUUCUGGCAACUGUUACUUGGAUAUUAGACCGCGAGGAGACAAUGGAGAUAUAGUCUGCAGCAAUGAGAUUGGGGUUGGUGUUUCCAAGGCCUCUUGCUGUUGCUCCCUGGGGAGAGCUUGGGGGAUUCCCUGUGAACAUUGCCCACCUGUGAACUCAACUGAAUAUAAGGUUCUGUGCCCUGGAGGGGAAGGAUUCCGACCAAACCCUAUUACAGUUAUAUUGGAGGAUAUUGAUGAGUGUCAAGAACUACCUGGACUUUGCCAAGGAGGAAAAUGUAUUAAUACAUUUGGUAGUUUCCACUGUCAGUGUCCAAAUGGCUACUAUUUGAAUGAAGACUCUCGAGUAUGUGAUGAUAUUAAUGAAUGUGAAACACCUGGCAUUUGUGGACCUGGCACUUGUUAUAACACUGUUGGGAACUACACCUGUAUCUGUCCUCCCGACUACAUGCAAGUCAAUGGUGGCAACAACUGUAUGGAUAUGAGGAGGAGUCUGUGCUACAGAAAUUAUUAUGCUGACAAUCAAACCUGCGAUGGAGAACUGCUCUUUAAUAUGACCAAGAAGAUGUGCUGCUGUUCCUACAAUAUUGGCCGUGCCUGGAAUAAGCCUUGUGAACAAUGCCCCAUCCCAAGCACCGAUGAAUUUGCAACACUCUGUGGAAGUCAAAGGCCUGGUUUCUUCAUUGACAUUUAUACAGGUUUACCAGUUGAUAUUGAUGAAUGCCGAGAGAUCCCUGGAGUCUGUGAGAAUGGAGUCUGUAUAAACAUGGUUGGCAGCUUCAGAUGCGAGUGUCCAGUGGGAUUCUUUUACAAUGACAAGUUGCUGAUAUGUGAAGAUAUUGAUGAAUGCCAGAAUGGACCAGUGUGUCAACGAAAUGCAGAAUGUGUCAACACGGCUGGCAGCUAUCGCUGUGAGUGUAAAGCCGGCUAUAGGUUCACGUCAACAGGCCAGUGCGCUGAUCGCAACGAAUGCCUAGAAAUUCCCAAUAUCUGUAGCCAUGGCCAGUGUAUUGACACUGUUGGAGGAUUCUACUGCAUAUGUCACUCGGGAUUCAAAACCAAUGCUGACCAAACGAUGUGCAUAGAUAUUAAUGAGUGUGAAAAAGAUCCAUGUGGCAAUGGAACAUGUAGAAAUACCGUCGGCUCUUUCAACUGCCGCUGUGACAAUGGAUUCAUUCUCUCACACAAUAAUGACUGCAUAGAUGUGGACGAAUGUGCAAGUGGAAAUGGGAUGCUCUGCAGGAAUGGCCGCUGCAUAAACACAGUUGGGUCUUUCCAGUGUCUUUGCAACGAUGGCUAUGAGGUGUCCCCCGAGGGCAGGACCUGUGUGGAUAUCAAUGAGUGUGCAGUGGAGCCUGGUAGAUGCUCACCUGGCACGUGCCAGAACCUGGAUGGGACAUAUAGAUGCAUCUGUCCUCCUGGAUACGUUCUGCAAAAUGACAGGUGUGAAGAUAUUGACGAGUGUGUAGAAGAACCAGAAAUCUGUGCCUUGGGUACAUGCAGCAAUACUCCAGGCAGCUUCACAUGCCUAUGUCCUGAAGGGUUUGUACUGUCUUCCACAGGAAGAAGAUGCCAAGAUCUGAGAGUGAGUUAUUGCUUUACCAAAUUUGAAGAUGGCAAAUGCUCAGUUCCCAAAUCCAGAAACCAUUCCAAGCAAGAAUGUUGCUGCGCCUUGCAAGGAGAAGGAUGGGGCGACCCAUGUGAGCUUUGCCCAGAGGAAGGAGAUGAGGCAUUUCGUCAAAUUUGUCCAUUUGGAAUUGGCAUACUUAUUGGACCAGGGGAUGCACGGCUUGAUGUGGAUGAGUGCCUUGACCCAGAUAACUGCAGAUUUGGGCAGUGUAUCAACACGGAUGGAUCCUUCCGCUGCGAAUGUCCUUUUGGUUAUAUCCUUCAGGGAGCUCAAUGUGUAGAUACUGAUGAAUGCUCUGUUGGAAAUCCAUGUGGAAAUGGAACUUGUAGGAAUGUUAUAGGUGGUUUUGAAUGUACCUGUGAUGAGGGAUUUGAGCCAGGACCAAUGAUGACAUGUGAAGAUGUAAAUGAGUGUGCUCAGAAUUCUCUACUGUGUGCCUUCCGAUGUGUGAACACCUACGGAUCAUAUGAAUGCAAGUGUCCAGCUGGCUACGUUCUUAGAGAAGACAGGAGAAUGUGCAGAGAUCAGGAUGAAUGUGAAGAAGGAAUUCAUGAUUGUGACUCAAAACAAAUGGAGUGUAAAAAUUUGAUUGGCACUUACAUGUGCAUAUGUGGACCAGGAUAUCAGCGCAGACAGGAUGGUGAGGGCUGUGUAGAUGAAAAUGAAUGUCAAACCAAACCUGGGAUCUGUGAGAAUGGACGUUGUAUCAACACAAUAGGAAGCUAUAGAUGUGAAUGCAAUGAAGGAUUCACUGCCAGUGACACCCAGAAUGAAUGCCUUGACAACAGAGAGGGCUACUGCUUCACUGAAGUGUUACAAAGUCUGUGUCAGAUUGGAUCAAGCAAUAGGAACUCUGUCACAAAGUCUGAGUGCUGCUGCGAUGGCGGGCGUGGCUGGGGGCCAAACUGUGAGAUCUGCCCCUUCCCAGGCACCGUGGCCUUUAAAAAGCUUUGCCCCCAUGGCCGAGGAUACAUGACCAAUGGAGCAGAUAUUGAUGAGUGCAAGGUUAUUCACGAUGUCUGCCGGAAUGGAGAGUGCAUCAAUGAGAGAGGAUCAUAUCGCUGCAUAUGUAAACCUGGCUAUACUCCAGAUAUAACGGGCACCCUUUGCAUCGAUCUGAAUGAAUGUAACCAGUCCCCUAAGCCUUGCAAUUUCAUCUGCAAGAACACAGAAGGGAGUUACCAGUGUUCAUGUCCAAAAGGGUACAUCUUACAAGAGGAUGGGAGAAGCUGUAAAGAUCUCGAUGAAUGUGCAACAAAACAGCAUAACUGCCAGUUCCUGUGUGUCAACACCAUAGGGGGCUUCACUUGUAAGUGUCCUCCUGGUUUCACUCAGCAUCAUACAGCGUGUAUUGAUAAUAAUGAAUGUGCCUCUGAAAUCAAUCUGUGUGGGGCGAGGGGUAUUUGCCAGAACACACCAGGAAGCUUCACGUGUGAAUGUCAGCGUGGCUUCUCCCUUGACCAGACUGGACUCAGCUGUGAAGAUGUUGAUGAAUGUGAUGGAAACCACCGGUGCCAGCAUGGUUGCCAGAAUAUAAUUGGAGGAUACAGGUGUAGCUGUCCACACGGAUAUCUCCAGCAUUACCAGUGGAACCAAUGUGUUGAUGAAAAUGAAUGCCUCAGUGCACACGUUUGUGGAGGAGCAUCUUGUCACAAUACUUUGGGAAGCUAUAAAUGUAUGUGCCCUACCGGAUUUCAGUAUGAACAAUUUAGUGGAGGCUGCCAAGAUGUCAAUGAAUGCAGUUCUGCGCAAGCCCCAUGCAGUUAUGGUUGUUCAAAUACUGAUGGUGGCUAUGUCUGUGGAUGCCCACCUGGUUACUUCAGGAUAGGACAAGGACACUGUGUUUCUGGAGUGGGACUGGGUAAAGGUCAUGGUCAUGGUCAAGAAUUGCCCAUCAGCGAUGAAGUAGAUGACAACUCUCUCUCCCCCGAGGCGUGCUAUGAAUGUAAAAUCAACGGUUAUCCCAAGAGAGGAAGGAAGCGCAGAAGCACUAAUGAAACCAUUGCAAAUGAAGCAGAGGAUCAACCUGAGAUGGAACCAGAAGUCAGUCUUGCCAGUUGGGAUAGUGAAAAAACAGCCGUCUUUUCCUUCAACAUCUCUGGGCUUAAUAACAAAGAUCGCAUCCUGGAACUUCUUCCCGCUCUCUCAACACUGACAAAUCACAACCGAUAUUUAAUUGACUCUGGAAACGAAGAUGGUUUCUUUAGAAUCAAUCAGAAGGAAGGGAUAAGCUACCUUCAUUUCACAAAGAAGAAGCCAAUACCUGGAACCUACUCAUUACAAAUCAGUAGUAUUCCUCUCUAUAAAAAGAAGGAACUUAACCAGCUUGAAGACAAACAUGACAAAGACUACCUCAGUGGUGAGCUGGGAGAUAACCUGAAAAUGAAAAUUCAGAUUUUGCUUCAUUAAUUCAUCAACCAAAGACCAAAUAAUUAAAACCAAAGAUAGAUAGGUAGGACUGAAUGUUCCUCCCAAUCAGAUUCUCCAUAUCAUAGGUACAAUCUUUCAUGAGUACAUUUGUAUGAAUGAGCACUAUUAUAUUAUUACAUAAGCAAGGUACAGGAUGAAUACCCUAGCUCAAAACAACCACUUUCUCAGGCUUCUUAAAGUGUAGCUGAGCUACCUUGAUAUGUUGAAUCUUGAAAACUGGGACUUUUAUCAUUGGAGGUUGGCCACUGAUGCUGAGACACAUCAUUUCAGCAGAGGUACAAGAACGUGCUUUCAACUGAUGGACUUCUCUAUUUUUGUAAUUCUUAAACUUUGCUUCUCCAACUACAACUUACUAGGUCAGCCAUUUAUGAUAUCCAUUUGGUGCUCAUAAAUUUUCAAUCUAGAUUUAUAAAUGCACUGUAAUAUUUACACAACUUAGAAGCCAAAAUUGCAAUUAUUCAGUCUACAUACUUCAAUCAACCAAAGUUAGCUCAGUAGUUUAUCUCAGUUAUGCCUAUAAUACAGUACAUGUAAAUUAAGUGUGUGUAUACUGUAAUCAUGCUAUUUUUAUCAAUGAAGCAUUUGUAAACUAGAUUAAUAAUACCCUUAAUGUGAGGGUUUGUAAUGGUGCUUAUAAAGACCAACUACUUGUUAACUGUAUACACAAACCUGAUGAUGAAAUUUCUGUGACUUACCAAAAUGCACUGAGGUCAGUAGGGACCAUUAAACAUUCUCAGAAGUCAGAUGAUAAUCAGUGCCAUCCUACACCAUGACAUUAUGUAAUACAUGUCAAGAGUACCCAUAAUCAUUCAUAUCAACAAGGGUUCAACGUCACAAUAAAACAGUGGGUUUUUUUAGUUUA